AUGGCGCUUUCCUUCCAGGUCAUCUGCAUUGCGAGCGACGUAUUCUUUUUCAGGAAGAGGGUGAUUCUUUUGCCAACAGAUGAUGACAAUCAACUAUCGAGGCAGAAAUCCUCAUCUGACGGCAUAUCUCUGGUCAGUAAAGCAAAGCAACUUCUCGACAAACCGGACGUAAGCCGAGCCGUGGUUCCGCUACUAUCAACCUUCUUCGGUGUAAUAGUUACAUCUGCUAUAUUUGCGGGUACAAGCGACACAUACGGUGUCGCCCGCAAUACAUGUGAUACCAACCUGGACGCCGAUAUCAGUGGUGUCGGUGUACGGGUCUCCAUUUGGUUACAAAUCGGCAUGCUACUCGUCAUCAGUGUUUCCGGUCACUUGCACAAACGAGAGACUGGAAUAAAAGAAGUCGGAGGUGGCUUGAUCCUCACUCAUGUCGCCCUCAUAAUAGCACUCAUCGUGCAAAUGUACAAAGGGACCUUGACAUCCGUCGAUGCUGCGAUUGGCGCUGUUAUCUUGGAUGCUCAGAACGUCGCUUUACACAUCCCUGGCACUGCCAAACAAACUCUAGCUGCUCGAUGGCAAGUGCUUCUUCUUAUCCCAGCUCAAAUUAUGGGGCUAGUUUUCCUGCCGGUACUGGGCAUCAAGUUCAUCAAGGGAGAAUUCGCAUCGGAAGAUUGCAAAUGUCUCAACAUUUUCUGGUGGUCUAGAUUAAGCGACUGCGACGCUUUCUCUGGUAACGAGCUUUCUCUCUUCUGGAUCUACUACACGAUUCGCUGGAUCAUAUGGUUUCAGUCGUCCUUCCAUUCUAUGUACAACACCCAGCCGUUUCAUGAGUCUGAGAGGGACGGACGUGUCCCAAUCUUGAGGCGCGACGGGACAAAACCAGACAAGGAUGAAGAGAUCAUAGCGCUUGAAUGGGAGGUACCAGAACGACGAGUCAAGAAGGCUACUUUCCAGGCUGGCCUUGUGUACAAACAGUACUCUGCAACAAUAUCAGUAUCGUAUACGGUAUGUGCGCUAUACUCGCUCACGUCCAUGGUAGUCGCCGAGAUCACUAUUCGAGAGUACGACCUCCAAGCUAGCUCCAACGUCUAUUCGAUCGGUCAGAUCAUCGCUAUUGUCGUCUCGCUCGCUACUUUGAUUCGAGCUAUCUGGAGUUUCCAGAGCCUCUAUAUCGAUUCCCAGGACAAGUCAUUUCCCGAUUUGGUCUUUGAGUUGCUUACCUGGCCCCCAUGGAGUUGUUGCUUGGACUCAAACAAAGACAAAACCGGCGAAGAUACGGCCGCGACCUCCCCGAACCAAAAUGAUUUAGAGCCUAGAAAGGGGUCAGAUGAUGAUGAUAGAAGUAAUGGCUCAGGAGUGAAUAAAACUCCGCAACAUCGAGCACAGCCUUCACUCUCCAGAUGUGAAGCGGCUGGUCAACCUGAACAAUACUUUCAGCCCUACCCUGAACUAUCUCACCAUGGUAACAGCAGACCAUCCUCGGAUAGCACCAACUUGUCAAAGUCGCAGCCAUAUUCGCCCCUAGAACAAGACGGUCGAGCACAGCGCCCUCAACCAGAUCAAUUAGAGUCUCAGCCACGACGAAGCUACUCUCACAAGCCAGCAUUCCGACUCAAAUUCCGCCAGCCGUUCCAUCUGGAUGCUGUGAAGCAGCUGUUCUUCCCUGCAUUCACCCAAUAUCUGGAAGAGCGAAAAGAGGAAAAGGCUGCAGCUCCGAGAAACGAGAAUUCAGUCGAGGUCCCAUUCGAGCCCCCGGCAUUCGACCAGCACCCAGCCUACACGUGGCCUGGACAUUCUCAGGGAAAUGCCGCCAAGGAAAAAGCCCCAGUACCACUUUCAGUCGAAGAAAGACCGCAUCUAGCAGAAACUUUGGGGUCCGCCGAUAGCGAACUCCGCGUUCUGACUAGCGGCAAGCCCUCCGAUUCGAUUAGCGGCAAUAUGAACCCGGGGACAGACAGCAGCGACGUGACGGAUCAGCCAGGAAAAGACCAAGCACUCGAAGGGUUACAGCCAAAACCUGCUACACGGCAAGACAUGGGCUCAUCAUCGAUCCUAGCUCGUCCCGGGCCAGAAGAGGACCAGCCAAUCGGCACUCGGAAGUCAGAAGAACGACAACUUGCAGCUCUUCGCUUCCCAAUACAGACACCAGAGGAGGAACUACUAGAAUUCUCGAAGGCUGAUGCGGCUACAAAAUCUUUAGAACCAGUAAUCAGUUACCAAGGACUUGAUGAGCGCCAAGGUGUACAAUAUGGUGUGCCGCAAAAUGAUGGCUCUGCACACACAGAGGAGAAAAGUCCACUGCCACUCUCGAUAUUUGGUCCAUGGCGAGACUCUACUGAUCCGAUUCCUUCGACUUCGAAUUUCACCGAUGUAGACCUUGAGUCGAAGAUAGAGAACCCUGGUAUCGCAGACCAGUCAGAAGGUGGCAAAGGACCGCAGGAACCGGAGGCUCGGUCUGAGACAGGUCGCGCAUCAAUCAGAAGUGUUGAUCCGAUCGACACGGAAUCAGACACGGAAGACCAAAAGACGGAAGACCAUUCCACAACCGCUCUAGAUUCUGGGGGGUCGGAGCUUGAUUCAGCGCAUCUCUCACCCAUUGUAACAGAGGAAGACCUACCGGAACGGUCGAAACGACAUCAAUUGGCACGUCAACGGGAUCGUAUCCCAAGUGAUCUACGAGUAAACUCCCCCAGAGAAGUUUCAACCGACGACCUCAAGCGCGAUCCUCACACUGCUCACAGUCUAUUCACCGCGGAAUUUCGGAAACGUCGUCUAAAAAAACAGGAAGAAUCUGGUAAGCCUGGUCCCCGAUCCGGAUGUCCAGGCAACAUGGGGAAGUGUGAACAGAGCGAGACCGUCUGGGAAAACUAUUCCUCGUUUCUCCAUCACUGCCACACGCAUCAAGGACAAAUAGGGCAGUUUGAUACUGGAAAGUGCUACGAAUGUGCGAAGUCUAGCACGUCUUCAAAUCCCGGUCCGCGUUUUGUUCGUUCAACAGAACUCGCCAGGCACAUCUGGGACGAGCAUCUGCACAAGAUCGACCGCGGUCCGUUAUCGCCAUCACUAGCGGAAGCAGAGCAAGGCAAAGGGAAAUCGGCGGAGGCUUCGGAACUUGAACGCAGCGAGCGUAUCGAUAAUGUAACUGUCGAUCCGGUGACUACAAUUUGCACAUGGUGA